CGGAGGCGGAGGCGGAGUGAGUGCCUGGGGCCCCGGCCGCCGUGGCCCGCGCGGCCUGCCCUUUGUGCCCGCAGCCCGCGCCCCGCGCCCAUGGCCGCCGCUUCGGACUCCCCAGCCUCACGCACCCGCCCGCGGACCUAAGUCCCGCGCCUGGGAUGCGCCAGGGAUGCGCGUCCCCCGGCCCUGCGGCUGCUCCCAGCUGGGCGCGGGGCGAUGGACCUGAGCAUGAAGAAGUUCGCCGUCCGCAGGUUCUUCUCCGUGUACCUGCGCAAGAAGUCACGCUCCAAGAGCUCCAGCCUAAGUCGGCUCGAGGAAGAAGGCAUCGUCAAGGAGAUCGACAUCAGCCACCAUGUGAAGGAAGGAUUUGAAAAGGCAGACCCUUCCCAGUUCGAACUGCUGAAAGUCUUAGGACAAGGAUCGUACGGGAAGGUGUUCCUGGUGAGGAAGAUCAAGGGGUCCGACGCCGGCCAGCUCUACGCCAUGAAAGUCCUCAAGAAAGCAACGCUGAAAGUCCGGGACCGAGUCCGAUCAAAGAUGGAGAGAGACAUCUUGGCAGAAGUGAAUCACCCUUUCAUUGUAAAGCUUCAUUAUGCCUUUCAGACGGAAGGAAAGCUCUACCUGAUCCUGGACUUCCUGAGGGGAGGGGACCUCUUCACCAGACUCUCCAAGGAGGUGAUGUUCACGGAGGAGGACGUCAAGUUCUACCUGGCCGAGCUGGCCCUGGCGCUGGACCAUCUCCACGGGCUGGGGAUCAUCUAUAGGGACCUGAAACCCGAGAACAUCCUCCUGGAUGAAGAGGGACAUAUUAAGAUCACAGAUUUCGGCCUGAGUAAGGAGGCCAUUGACCACGACAAGAGGGCCUAUUCCUUCUGCGGGACCAUCGAGUACAUGGCACCCGAGGUGGUGAACCGGCGGGGGCACACUCAGAGCGCUGACUGGUGGUCCUUCGGCGUGCUCAUGUUUGAGAUGCUCACGGGGUCCCUGCCGUUCCAGGGGAAGGACAGGAAGGAGACCAUGGCCCUCAUCCUCAAAGCCAAGCUGGGCAUGCCUCAGUUCCUCAGCACUGAGGCUCAGGGUUUGCUGCGAGCCCUCUUCAAGCGGAAUCCCUGCAACCGGCUAGGUGCCGGCAUUGAUGGAGUGGAGGAAAUUAAGCGUCAUCCUUUCUUUGUUACCAUAGACUGGAACAAGCUGUACCGGAAGGAGAUCAAGCCUCCGUUCAAGCCAGCGGUGGGCAGGCCUGAGGACACCUUCCACUUUGACCCUGAGUUCACAGCACGGACCCCCACAGACUCUCCAGGUGUGCCCCCAAGUGCCAACGCUCACCAUCUGUUUAGAGGAUUCAGUUUCGUGGCAUCGAGCCUGGUGCAGGAGCCCGCACAGCAAGGCCCACACAAAGUCCCAGUUCACCCGAUCGUGCAGCAAUUACAUGGGAACAACGUCCACUUUACUGAUGGCUACGAGAUCAAAGAGGAUAUUGGGGUGGGCUCCUACUCCGUGUGCAAGCGAUGUGUGCACAAGGCAACUGACACAGAGUACGCCGUGAAGAUCAUCGACAAGAGUAAAAGAGACCCCUCAGAAGAGAUCGAGAUUCUCCUGAGGUACGGCCAGCACCCGAACAUCAUCUCCCUCAAGGACGUCUAUGACGAUGGCAAGUAUGUGUACCUGGUGAUGGAGCUGAUGCGUGGCGGGGAGCUCCUGGACCGAAUUCUUCGGCAGAGAUGCUUCUCAGAGCGCGAGGCCAGUGACGUGCUGUGCACCAUUGCCAAGACCAUGGACUACCUGCACUCCCAGGGGGUGGUCCAUCGAGAUCUGAAGCCGAGUAACAUUCUGUACAUGGAUGAGUCUGGAAACCCUGAAUCCAUUCGCAUCUGUGACUUUGGGUUUGCCAAGCAGCUGCGAGCAGAGAAUGGGCUGCUGAUGACACCGUGCUACACGGCCAACUUUGUGGCCCCAGAGGUUCUGAAGCGUCAGGGCUAUGAUGCAGCAUGUGACGUCUGGAGCUUGGGGAUCCUGCUGUACACCAUGCUGGCAGGAUUUACCCCGUUUGCAAACGGACCAGAUGAUACUCCAGAGGAGAUCUUGGCACGGAUCGGCAGUGGGAAGUACGCCCUUUCUGGGGGAAACUGGGACUCAAUAUCCGAUGCAGCAAAGGAUGUCGUAUCCAAGAUGCUCCAUGUGGACCCACAUCAGCGCCUCACUGCAGUGCAGGUGCUCAGACACCCAUGGAUUGUCAACAGGGAGUACCUGUCCCAAAACCAGCUCAGCAGACAAGACGUGCACCUGGUGAAGGGUGCCAUGGCCGCCACCUACUUUGCCCUGAACAGAACACCUCAGGCUCCGCGGCUGGAGCCAGUGCUGUCAUCCAACCUGGCCCAGCGCCGGGGCAUGAAGAGGCUCACAUCCACCAGGCUGUAGCGGGCAGGACAGCAGCCGCCAGCUCGUAGCCACCUGCCAAGCGUCCUCUCUGGCUCACAGACACAAGCUGAGCUCCCGCCCACAGGCCAGAGUGACCUCGCAUGGGACAUGGAGCGGAGCUGGCUUCUCCGUGUCUGUGCUUCUCUCACAGCCCUGGAGAGGAUCCAGAGGCCUCUGAAGCCUCACCUGCCUCCUGCACCUGCACCUCCUCCUCCAUCCCCUACCCAGCAAGCUCCUGUCACUGCUGGCGCCCUGUGGGGCCUGCAGUGUUCUCUGGGAACCUCUAAGCCUUCUCAUGUUGUGGCUUAUGUUUGUAAGGAGAGAUUAUUUUCCAGGUGUGAGGCCCAUAUGUACAUGGGCCAGCCCCGGUUAUGCAGGCUGCGCUGGGCGGGGGUGGGGGAGCUGCGGAGUCUGGAUGGGACCAGAGGUGUCCAGGCGCUCAGCCACCUCCAUUGGGCUGGGGGUAGACACCAGGCCCCAUCCAGAAUAAUCCAAAGAGCCGCUUCCUUAUUGCCCUCUGAUUUUUUUAAUAUGGAUGGGGGAAAGCCCUACCUAGAAUCAGGAUAGCCCUGUCUCUGCCUCAAAGGCUGCAGGUCACAGGAUGAGGGAUCUGGGAGAGGGCAUACCCUCUGUGCCCUGUUCUGGCUUGGUGGUCUCAUGGCUCCUAGGGGCUCCUGAGAGCACCUGGGUGGCCCCUUGUGGUUCUCCAAGGCACUGGUUUUGCUGUCUUCACCUUCAGCUUUCUAGUCACUGGAAGAACUGUGAGCCUUGGAGAAGCUGAGCUCUGUUUCCUCCUGUCCAUCUUUCUCCAACCAAGGGAGGGGUAGGGGGAUGACCAGGGGGGAUGGCCAGCACGAGACAUGCUGUGGACAGGGCAAUGCGCCUCAGCCUGUGGCCGUGGAAGGGGCGAUGCACCUCAGCCUGUGGCUGUGGACAGGGUGAUGUACCUCAUGGGCCUGUGGCCGUGGAAGGGGCGAUGCACCUCAGCCUGUGGUUGUGGACCAGGCCAUGUGCCUCAUGGGCCUGUGGUUGUGGGCGGGGCGAUGCGCCUCCUGGGCCUGUGGCUGUGGGCGGGGCGAUGCGCCUCCUGGGCCUGUGGUUGUGGGCGGGGCGAUGCGCCUCCUGGGCCUGUGGCUGUGGGCGGGGCGAUGCGCCUCUUAGGCCUGUGGCUGUGGGCGGGGCGAUGCGCCUCAUAGGCCUGUGGUUGUGGACCUGGUGAUGCACCUCCUGGGCCUGUGGUUUCAUGUUACGUUUGUGUUUCUGCUGCACAGAUCUGUCUGAGACAGACCUUUCCGCGGUAUUUUCGACUUCCCUGGUGUGCUGUGCACACGGCGUUGGGUAGCACAGACCGCCAUGCUGUGCUUGCCUUUGUUGAGGGAACGGCAGGAGGACGUGCCCAGGUGGGAGGCGCCCCAGAGUGCCUGGCCCUCAAAGAGCAGCCAGCAGGGACAGGGAGGCACUUAUUGGUCACAGCCAGGUUUUAGUAAGAUAUUUUAUUGCUUUUUCUUUUCAUCUCCAGUCACUCCAGUACCCAACCCUCCCCUCCCAAAAGGUGCAGCACUCUGAAAAAUAACUCCUUAGCUUGGUCUAAUUGUUGUCAAAUCUUAAAAUAUAACCUUAUUUCAGAAGCUUUAAUUAUUCCCUGAGGAUUUUCUAAGAGAACCACAAAGAAUAAAAGGUGAGGGACAGAUUAUGCACCUGUUUUCCUGCAGUGCCCACUGGGUUUUUCUCAUUAGAAAAUGGUUUUUCUUGAGACUAAAGUAACUUCUCCUCAUGACAGUUUUGUUUCUUAGGUCUGAAUUAUUUCAUUUCUUAUUCAAAACUUAGGGAAAAGUAAAUAGUCCUUAAAUCAAUCUUCUCUCCUAGACAUGGACAAAGUCAUUUCUGAUUCUGCCCAGAGCCCAAGGCCGGCUUUGUCUGCAUGUUUGUUAGUGGCUUCAAUUCCAAUGGAGGCAGGAGGGAGGGAGAAGCAUCGCUGGGAGGUGGCUGUCUCCCCACCGCGUGCUCACAGGCUCGCGCCCUUGCUCCUUCUCAGUAACAUCUGCUCACACAGCCUUACCUUCUGAACUAAACGUGCCAAAGGGACCCAGAGGCUCAGCGCCACACCACACUGUCCUUCCACCUGCUCAAUGUGUGUCAGCGGCAGACGGCAUCCCUGUCCCUGCCGCACGAGUGUCUGUAAAAUACCUCUCCUUCCUGCCCUUAUCCAGAACAAACUGAUACUUGAAAUCCUUCAAAGAGAGUCAGCCUAAGACACUAUGAUGUCAUAUUUUAAACUAAGCUUCCAAAAAUCCUGAGUGAACUAGCUGGGGCCUGUGCUGUUCCCAGGGCGGUCCAGGUGUGGAAGAAGGUGUCGUUAACAGUUUGCACUUGGUGGAGGUUCCGUGCGAUUUGCACAAGUGACAGGGACUCCCAGAAGGUUACACAGCUCUGCUUGCUCACUCAGAUAAUCACUCCCCUCUGGAUCAGAAAACCACAGCGUUUGCAAGGAGAAGACGGAGCCCCAGAUCUCAGGCUUCCUACCCCAGCCCUGCUGUCCCUGCAGGGCACCACUAUAGGAUCCUCUACCCUGACAGCCCCCCUCGUUCCUCCCCACUGUGUGGAAGAAAUGCUUGACUUUGUCCCAUAAGCAAGGGGGCUUUUUGCUGAUUCCACCCCCAAAGUUGAAUGUGGGCAAGUGGUGAGGAUUUCACUUGUAUCCUUAAGUCAGAUCUGUGCGUGAUUUUAAACUAACUCUGUGUGUGUUGAUGUUUGGAAGAUUGUUGGACUUCUAACGUGAUAAUAGUACUUCAUGUGAGCCAGUAUUGUUAAUUAAAUGGUGUUAUUCCUAAAGCCGCACAUUGGGGUUUUGACCUUACGCUUCACAUGAUAGAAUUUGAUUUGCACUCCGUUUAUUUCUGACAUGGUUUUGUUACCCCUCACCUUGCCAAGAGUCGGGCACACUGAGGAUUGAGAAGGACACUGCAGGCUCCUGAGCAGUGAGGAGGGCGGGUAGGCCCCGCAGCCGCAGAGCAAAGGACGCGCCUCCCUGCCCGGCUCUUCCCACUUGGCACUUUGUUUACAAGCUCGGCAGUUAUGUUUACAGACCAUGUUCAUGUUCACGCUUUACAUUUCAUGUUGGAGAUGGGCGGCCACUGUACAGAUAUUUAUUAUGCUUUCCAGACUUUCUGAAUAGAUUUUUUUGAAUAAACAUGGUUUUAUGAAGUG